AUGGGCACUGAAAUUGUUUCAGAAUCUGUGAUGGAUAAUGGGUAUGAAGACAGCGAUGAUGACCAACCUAUAUCGUCCAAGUGGAAACGUUAUUUUGCUUCUUAUUCGAAUCAGUCAAAAUCCAAUACCCAGAGAAGCAAGGCAGUUCCUUCCACCAAGGUAUCACCUAUAAUAUCUCCUGUGACUAGCUCAAAUGAUAUGAGAAGGGUUUUGGUUUCACCUGAACCAUUGAGAAGUGGGUAUGAAGACAGCGAUGAUGACCAACCUAUAUCGUCCAACUGGAAACGCAGUGUUGCUUCUUAUUCGAAUCAGUCGAAAUCCAAUCCCCGGAGAAGCAAGGCAGUUCCUUCCAGCAAAACUGUACUAGAAUCUGUGAUGGAUGAUGGGUAUGAAGACAACUCUGAUGACAAACCUUUAGUGUUCAAGAGGAAAAGUGGGUAUGAAGACAGUGAUGAUGAAAAACCUUUAGUUUACAAGAGGAAAAGUGGGUAUGAAGACAACGAUUAUGACAAACCUUUAAUGUUCAAGAGGGGAUGUAGUGUUGCUUCUAAUUCGAAUCAGUCGAAAUCCAAUUCCCAGAGUAGCAAGGCAGUUCCUUCCUACAUGGUAUCACCUAUGAGAUCACCUGUGGCUAGCCCAAAUAGUAAGGGAAGGGUUUUGGUUUCACCCAAACCAAUAAAUAAUGGGUAUGAAGACAGCGAUGAUGACAAACCUUUGGUGUUCAAGAGGAAAAGUAGUGUUGCUUCUAAGACAGUUCCUUCCAGCAAAACUGUAUCAGAAUCUGUGAUGUAUAAUGGGUAUGAAGACAGUUCUGCUGACGAGCCUUUAGUGUUCAAGAGGAAAAGUGGGUAUGAAGACAGUGAUGAUGACAAACCUUUAGUGUUCAUGAGGAUAAGUGGGUAUGAAGACAGCGAUGAUGACAAACCUUUAGUGUUCAAGAGGGAACGUAGUGUUGCUUCUAAUUCAAAUCAGUCAAAAUCCAAUUCCCAGAGAAGCAAGGCAGUUCCUUCCUACAUGGUAUCACCUAUGAGAUCACCUGUGGCUAGCCCAAUUAGUAAGGGAAGGGUAUUGGUUUCACCCAAACCAAUAAAUAAUGGGUAUGAAGACAGCGAUGAUGAAAAACCUUUAAUAUUCAAGAGGAAAAGUAGUGUUGCUUCUAAGACAGUUCCUUCCAGCAAAACUGUAUCAGAAUCUGUGAUGGAUAAUGGGUAUGAAGACAGCUCUGAUGACAAACCUUUAGUGUUCAAGAGGAAAAGUGGGUAUGAAGACAGUGAUGAUGACAAACCUUUAGUGUUCAAGAGAAAAAGUGGAUAUGAAAACAGUGAUGAUGACAAACCUUUGGUGUUCAAGAGGGAAUGUAGUGUUGCUUCUAAUUUGAAUCAGUUGAAAUCCAAUUCUCAGAGAAGCAAGGCAGUUCCUUCCAACAUGGUAUCACCUAUUAGACGGCUUGUAACUAGCCCAAACGGAACCACUCCUUCGAAUAGAUAUUCUACAAUGAAAUACUCUAUGCUAUCAUGUUCUUCUAAGGAUUCGCCAGCAAAGUCUCCAGGCUUCACCAGCAAAAUCACCAUUGCGGCAUGA